AUGGGUCGUCGUAGAUCGUGUUUCACAAAAGAUAAUCAACUAGAUAAAACAAAUGAACAAGAAUUAUUGGACUCGACGGAUGGUCUAUUAGAACUAGAACUUGAAGAAGCAACUAAAGAUAAUGCUCAUGUACGUUCAUCGUUAGAUAAUUCAUUAUUUGAGAAAGUUAAUAAUGAAAAUUUCGAACAUUUAACUAUGCCAAUGAGUUCAUUACCAGAUAUAAAUCAAGAAAUAAAAUAUUUUUCAUUAGAUAAAGUAUCACCCGGUCAUACACCAGCCGGUAUUAUUAUACAAGAUUAUUUACUUUCAGAUAAAAUAAAAUAA